AUGAUUUCUAAAAGUGAUGCAGCUUCUCAUGAGCAACCUCCUUCCAAGUGUCGUAGAAUUGAACGAUGUGCUUUUAGAGGGCAUGAUGAGACUAUUAAUUCAAGAAAUAGUGGUAAUUUUAUUGAAAUGAUCAAACUUUUGGCAUCUUACAAUGAAAAUGUUUUAGAUGUUGUUCUACAGAAUGCUCCAUUGACAUCCAAGUAUACCUCACCUCAAAUACAAAAGGAGAUUUUAUAUGUUCUAGCAAACAAAGUGCGAAAACAGAUUCACAAAGAUAUUGGGUCUCUAAGUUUUAAUAUCUGUGGCCAAGGAUAUGAUGGUGCUAGUAACAUGCGUGGUGAAUGGAACAAAUUGCAGGAAUUAUUUCUUAAGGAAUGUCCUUGUGCUUAUUAUGCUAUUGGUGAACUUGAAACUGGUACAGGUUCUAACCAAGUAGGUACAUUAAAGAGGGCUAGUGAUACUAGAUGGGGUUCUCAUUUUUAUUCCAUAUGCAGUCUUCAACGAAGGUAUAAUGAAUCAUGUUCAGUACUUGAAAUAAUUCGUAGUGAAGGAACAAAUUACUCUCAAAGAGGAGAAGCUACUGCAGCUUAUAAGAUGAUCACUUCCUUUGAGUUUAUCUUUAAUUUAUUUUUGAUGAAAGAGAUAAUGAGCAUCACUGAGAUUCUUUGUCAAGCAUUACAACAAAAAUCUCAAGAUGUUUUGAAUGCUAUACAAUUAGUUUCAAGUACAAAGGAGCUUAUUCAAGAAUUACGAGAUGAUGGUUGGAAAAAAAUACUUCAAAGUGUUGUUAAUUUUUCCAAGUUUCAUGAAAUAGAUGUUCCAGAUUUUAAUGCUCAAUAUAUUGAAGGUCGUGGUCGUCGACAACUUGAUCAAAUAACUAUUGAGCAUCAUUAUCAUUUUGAUAUCUUUAAUUUAGCCAUUGACUUUCAAUUACAAGAGUUAGAUAUAAGGUUUAAUGAGCAAUCGAUGGAACUUUUAUCACUUAGCUCUUCGUUAGAUCCGAAGGAUGGUUACAAAUCAUUUAAUGUUGAUGAUAUUUGUAGUGUUGCAGAGAAAUACUAUCCUCUUGAUUUUUCCUAG